GCAGCCCUUCUGCUGGCCAGAGUCACGUCCCUUCUUGGAUGUUGUAGUUUGGGAAGAGUGUGGGUACACAGGUGGUAAACCUGCACAAGAUUGGUGUUUGUGGAGGUGGCUCCAACCAAGCACGUGGACCUCAGUCUCUAUCCCUGGACAGGACGUACCUGGUGUGGGCAGGUGGAGUAGAAGCAGAGCUGCAGCUGCUGCUGGUCCUGUUCCCAAGCCUUGGAGAGCUUCUGCUUUCUGCUGUGCUCCACUGUGCAUCUCCUGUUCACAUGGAUCCCCAAAUACCAACAUGUUCCUGCUGGUACAGCUGCCUCUUCCCAGCUCUGAUUCCCAGUGACUUUUUCUGAGGUUCCUUCUACCAGGAAAUUGGAGUCUUCAGCAAACAGCUGAGAUUGGGCUGAAGUGCCCCCCUGCUGCCUGUGCUCAAGGCUGUUACCAGUUACCCCAGAUCUUCCUGAAUUCCCACUGCCACCCUGAAGAGUUCUGGGGUCUGGUUUAAGCUGGGGUGAGUGCACUGGGGAGGUGCCCAUGGUGGGAACACAGGUACCAGGCAGACACAGAGGUCAUGCUAUGCCUCUCUGGGCUUUAAAUAUUAUAUCAGAAUUGGCAGAUGCAACCCAAAGGAAUGUUUUGGAGCUGAAGCUUGCUGGGACAUGCAGGGAGUUGUGACAUAUCCCAAGUCCUCUGCUGUGGUCAGAGGGGUGGCUCUGAGGCUCCCUGUGGUAUGGAAGCUGGCCUGGAUAAUCCUCCAGAGACCUGCUCCCUGCUUGCUCUCACCUGUGCAGGUGAAAGGGAAGCUGCUCAUGAGGGGAGGCUGCAGAGCUGCUGAAAAACAAGGCUGUCCCAGCAGCCUGGGAACGUGUGCAAGAUAGCACAUGGGCUUGGUUCAGAGAUAAGGCUUGGGCUGGGAAAACAACUAUGUGACAAUGGGGUGAAGGUUUGCAGUGCACAGGGCUGCGGGCAGGAGACUCCACCUGCCACCUGAGCAGGGACAGGUGGCCAGGUGCCAUCUUUAUUGCAUUUCAGGGUGCUGAUGUGCACAGGUGUUGCAAGGAAGUUCGUAGGAAAAGGUGUGGUGGGUGUGCAUGGGGACAUGGCAAACAGCAGGAGCUGUGGUUUAAAAGAUGCCAAGGCAGAACAUGGUGCUGGCAUGUGUCACACGAGGUGACAUGGGGCUGCAGCAGCAGUGGGUGCCUCUCUCUGCUGGUUCCCAGGCAGGAACUCUGUACAGAGGUCUCUGUGCCAGGGGGGCUGCCAUGCUUAGCUUAGGGAUCCAGCCCUGGCAGAGCUGAGGAUGCCUGGAAGUUCCCUCAAAGGGCAACAGAGGAGUGAAAAUCCAAUUGUUCAUGGAAACACGUUCAUGGAAAUACACAUUACUCUGAUCCCUGUCCGCCUCCUGCGUGUCUCCCUGUGCUGUCACUCAGCGUUCCAUCCAGAGUGUCCCACUGUGCUUCACAGCCCUCCCUCUGCACGGGCAAAGCUCCAGCCCUCCGGCACAGCCGCUGUGACCAGGGGACAGUCACCGGGUGUCACUUUAGGAGUGCGUCUGGCCUGGAGCCCUGCCCCGCCUCUGGGCACAGCGGCACCGCCUCUUUUUCUUCUGCGCUCCUCAGUUUCUGUUUCCCCGGCUUCUGGCGCCGAUCUCGGCGCAGCAUGGCAUCACCCAUCGCGCAGAAGCUGGAGGAGAAGCUGGUGUGCUCCAUCUGCCUGGAGCUGUUCCGGGUGCCCGUCACUUUGCCGUGCGGCCACAACUUCUGCAAGCGCUGCAUCAGCAACCACUGGGACAAGCAAAAGCAGGCGGCGGCCGGGAGCUGCACCUGCCCCGAGUGCCGCAGGGGCUUCGGGCGGUGCCCGGAGCUGGAGAAGAAUGUCAUCCUGGACAGCGUGGUGGAGCUGGCUCGGGACAGCGACGCGCGGGGCUCGGCCGCGGGCCGGUGCGAGGUGGCCCCGGGCGAGCUGUGCCGGCAGCACGGGCGGCCGCUGGAGCUGUACUGCCAGGACGAGCGGCGCUGCAUCUGCUGCAUCUGCACCGUGCGGGACUGCCAGCGCCACCGGCGGGUGCUCUUCGAGGAGGAACGAGCCAAAAAGCAGACCAUUUUGAAAGAAUCCCUGGAAAAAGCCCAGGAGGAAUCAGAGAGGAUUGAGCUGGCAAUGAAGGAGCUGGAGUUGCAAACACUGAGCAUCGAGGACUGCUCUGAGAUCAAAGCUGGGAUUCAGAGCAAAUUCACCCACCUGAGGACAGCUCUGGAGGAUCUCCAGCAUCAGACCAUGGCCAGGAUUGAGCAGGAGAAGGGGGCAGCACUGGAGCAUGUGGACAAGAACUGGAACCUGUGUAAGGAUCGCCUGGAUGUGCUUGGCCAGCACAGGGAGAGGGCUCAGAGCCUGCUGGCCUGCCCUGACCACAGGACCUUCCUCCAGGAGUUCCCCCUGCUCCCACCUCUGGAGAGCCCAGAGGUGCUGGUGCCCGUGGAGUUUGAUGUGGCUGCUGUGAUCAAGCCCAUCUCUGAGAUCCUCACCAGCAUCUCCAGGCUCCUGCUGGAGGACCUGCCCGGCUCUGUGGCCCCCAAAGCCCCAGACCCCACUGGCCAAGGCCCAGUGCAUCCCCAGGAGCUGGUGGUGAAGGCUGUGGCCCCUCUCCCCAGGUGCCAGCUCCGAGCUGAGCUUCUGAAGGACCACCGCAACCUGACCUUCGAUCCCCAGACAGCCAACAAGUACCUGCAGCUGUCCCGGGGAGCCCGGAGAGCCAAGCACAGUCCUGCUGCUGUCCCUGGCCAGGAGCAGGGCCCUCGCUUCCAGCCCUGGCAGGUGCUGUGCACGCAGGGCUACGGCCCUGGCCACCACUACUGGGAGGUGAAGAUCUCCAGCCACUCUGUCAUCCUGGGGGUCACCUACCAGGGGCUCCCCCGGGAGCAGCAGCAGCACCACAGGUUCAACAUCGGGCUGGAUGGGGGCUCCUGGGGGCUGCAGGUGAGGGAGGAUUGUUACCUGGCCUGGCACAAGGGCCAGGCUGAGAAAAUCCAGGAGCAGCUCUACAAGAACCUGGGGGUCAGCCUGGAUUAUGGCAAGGGGCUCCUCUCCUUCUACGGCCUCGGGGAGAGGACAAAGCUCAUCCACUCCUUCCACGGUGUCUUCACUGAGCCCCUGUACCCCGUGUUUUGGCUGUGUGAGGGGAGAGUGGUGACACUGUGCCACCACACUGAGCCAUAGCCAGGCUGGUGCCAUAGUGCAGCUGCAGCUGAGGCUGUCAUGGUACAGUGGGAGCUCAGUGCUGAGGCAGGUGAGGAGUGCAGUGUUUUAACAAGAGCUGAUGGGGACAGACAUGUAAAUUAACCUGUUUGAUUUGCAUGUGCAAGUAUCACUAGGGACACAUGGCAGGGCUGGGGCUCACCGUGGGUGCCCCUGUCCCUGCAGACAGAGCAAGGGAAGGGGGGAUAAGGAAGGUGAAAAAAUGACAUUGUCCUCUUUCUUCUAUCCCUGCCAAACUUCCUGAACUUGGGGAAGGUUUGGGAUGAGGGGGACCCCAGAGGAAGGUGCUGCUGCCACAGGGUUCUCUGAAACUAUUCAGAGGCACCUCUGUGCUCACACAGUCUCACAUGCAGGCAGGUCCUGCUUCCCCCAGCCCCUUCUUGGUUUCCUCUUGUGGUUUUCAGGCCUGGCAGAGCAUCUUCUCAGGGUUCUACGCUGCAGCUCUCUGUACAAUGCUGCUUUUUCCAAUAAAGCUUUAUUUUUUUGCUGGUUUGA